AACGUCACUCCAGCGCGCCACAGGAAGAAAACAAACUGCGAUCUGAAAGCAGUCAGUGAUCAAUAACUGAUCAAUAACCGUUAUUAGCAGCCAAUAAGGUGACUGGAUGUGUUCUGGGACGGAACACAGUUUCUAACGGACCAGACUCUGAAGUUCUCCCGGUGAGUGGAUCCGGAUCUCUGGGAGAGGAGCUCCUCGGUCCCGGUGUUUCAGGGACUGCUGACCUCUGACCUCCACCAUGAGCUCCCGGGUGUGCAGGACCUGCGGGGGGUCUGACAUUGACGUGGACCAGGCUCGUGGCAGCGCCGUGUGCACCAGCUGUGGUUCGGUUCUGGAGGACAACAUCAUCGUUUCCGAGGUCCAGUUUGUGGAGGGAAGCGGAGGCGUGUCGUCCGCCGUGGGACAGUUUGUGUCUGCUGAUGGUCCCGUUAAAGCGCCACUCCUUGGUUCUGGUUUCCACACCAGCGUCGGUAAAGAGUCACGAGCCCAGACACUUCAGAACGGUAAGCGUCAGAUCCAGCAGCUGGGCAGUCAGUUGCAGCUCAACCAGCACUGCCUCGACACCGCCUUCAACUUCUUCAAGCUGGUCGUCAGCAAACACCUGACCCGGGGCCGCAAGACAGAGCACGUCAUCGCUGCCUGCCUCUACCUUGUGUGCCGCACUGAGGGCACGCCACACAUGCUGCUGGACCUCAGCGAUCUGCUGCAGGUAAAUGUCUACAUCUUGGGAAAGACCUUCCUGCUGCUGGCUCGUGAGCUCUGCAUCAAUGCUCCCGCCAUUGACCCCUGCCUGUACAUUCCUCGCUUUGCACACAUGUUGGAGUUCGGGGCGAAGACUCAUGAGGUUUCCAUGACGGCUCUUCGUCUUGUACAGAGGAUGAAGAGGGACUGGAUGCACACAGGACGCCGACCCUCUGGACUCUGUGGAGCAGCACUCCUGGUAGCAGCUCGGAUGCAUAAGUUUCGGCGUUCAGUGAAGGACGUGAUUGGCGUGGUGAAGGUCUGCCAGACCACGCUGAGGAAGAGGUUAACUGAGUUUGAGGACACGCCCACCAGUCAGCUGACCAUCGAUGAGUUCAUGAGAGUAGAUCUGGAGCAGGAGUGCGACCCCCCCUCCUUCACUGCUGCACAGCACAAAGCCAAAAUGCAGCAGUUAGAGCAGGAGCUGGCUAAGAAACUGGAUGAGGUCGAAGGAGAGAUCAGCUGCUACAAAGACGAGAUUGAAACCGAGCUGGAGAAGAGUCGGCCCAAACUCAGAGGAAUCUACGCCGCUUACACCAAAGAAGUUGACCCCGAGGACAACGGCGAGGUUUUGUCAAUGCCAUCCGAGCCCGAGGAGGUUGAGAGCGAAGACGUGGAAUUACAAGCGGCCACCCACCACCUGACUGAGGACUUCCUGUGUCAGGUGAUCCAGGAGGAGGAGGGACGUGGCAUGAAGGGAGAUCAGGAGGCAGAGCCAGGGAAGGAGUCGAUGGGACCACACCGUCAGGCUGCCUCUCUGACCUCCAUUCUGGGAAAACUGCCGAGCGCCGCCAGCCUGAGCCUCCAGCAGACUUUCCAGACCUCGGACACAUCAGAGAGUGGCGAGAAAGAUCUCAGUGAGGAUAACGACUGUGACCACCCGCAGAGCGAGGAGCUGGACCUGGAAGGUAUUGAUGAUCAAGAGAUCGAUAAGUACAUCCUAAAUGAGAAGGAGGUUCAGGUGAAGACGGAGCUGUGGAUGAAGCAGAACGCCGAAUACCUGAAGGAGCAGAAAGAGAAACAGGAGCGGAUAAACAAAGAGAAGGAGGAGGGCACCUACAAGGAGAAGAAGAAGAAGAAGUCUAAGAAGCGGGACCAGAUCGAGGCAUUGACAGCGGGCGAGGCGAUUGAGAGAAUGUUAGAGAAGAAGAAGAUCUCCAGUAAGAUCAACUACGACGUCCUUAGAGAUCUUAACCGAGGAACAGGAAGUCCGACCAGGUCCCCCGACCACACCCCCGAUACCACCGUAGCACGAAAACGACUCAACCGCCGCCGGCGCAGGAAGACCAGUGACAGUAACCAAGACCUUGCAGCCAACACCAGCAUCAUGGGCAAGAGGUUCCGCCACCUCAUUUCCUCCACACCAAAAAAGAAGAAAACAGCUCAUCAGGUAGAGAGAACAGUCUCAGUGGUUACAGAAACAGAAACACCAGCAGAGACUGAGUCCAACCCACCCCCUGACUCUGCAGCAGAAACAAGCCCCACCCUCCCAACUGCUCCAUCCCCCAUGGAGGAGGAAGAGGAAGAGGAGGAGGAGGCAGAGGAGGAGUGUGUUAGCGCUCUGCAGCUGGUGGGAGAUUACGGUUGUGAUGCAGAUGAGGAGGAGAUCUUUUAACUCCGCCUGCUGACCUUUGACCCCACUGAAGAAACUCCAUCCAGGCUCCAGAGCCAAGGCAGCUGAUUCAUAUCUCACAGAUCAAUAACCAGUGUCAAGGGAAUGAGUUACUGAUCUGUUUUUAUUUGUGCUUUGAUUGAUCCGUGAUCAUUUUUAUUGAUCCUCCUACUGAGGUUUUUAGACGCUUUUGUAUUGACGUUAAAACCAGCUGUGUGUGUGUAUGUAAUUGUGUGUGUUUGUUGAUCCUGUAUUUCAAUACAAACAAACAAUAAGACAAACAUUCCUUCACAAUAAAGAAACUGACAGUGGUGACGAGUUUUUCUGGUCUCAGAACCAGACGAUCUUGGUUCUGACUGUCCAGUUUUAUGUAUUUAUUUGAUUUGAUUUUCGGUUGUUACAGACGGGACAGACAUGACUGGGGGAUAGGACAGGGAGAAAGAAUGAAAGAAAGAGAGGGAGAGAAAGAAAAAUAGAGGGGAGAAGAGAUGGUGAGAAAGGGGGGAAGAAAAAACAAAACAAAACACCUGGAUCACCUGUAUGGGGAUAAGAAAAAAGAGAAACAAACAAAAAAGAGCAACAUAAUAAAUACAACACAAUCACAAUAAACUAGCUAACAGUAGAUACUAAAUAUGACAUGUUAUUGUGCAGUACGCAAGAUCGACAGCGCACAAUGUGCUUUGAGGUAGCAGCCAAGAAAGGUGAAGUUUGUGUCUGUGAACACCCGUGUGUACACCUGUGUGGAUCGGCACGCUUGUAUUCAAAAGGUUUCUCCAUGUAACGAUCUGCUAGGAAGUGUGGGGAGCCACAGCCCCCUCCCCCAGGGCAUGAAGCAGGUAUGGAGGAGAUCCAGGCCCCAGACAUCCAGAGGCCCCAGAAUACGAGGACCCAAGGAGGACCACCAGGGGGGUAACUGUGCCACCCUCCUGGGAAGAGCUGAGGAGAGCCCCAAACGAGAGGUCACCCAGCAGCCACGGAGCAGAGGCCAGAGGGGGUUGCAGGCAGCCAGCUGUGCCAGAGAGGACCGGGCCUCAGGCCCAGAGGCCUGAGGGUACCCCAUCCCCCGGAAGGGGCCCAGCCAGGCCACAGGCGCCAGGUCCUGCCAAUCGGCCACCAGGAGUGAGUUGGUACAUACAUGAGCGCCCAGCCCCAGACACCAAGAACCACCAACACACCAACGUCUGAGGGCAUCAGCCACUGGCAGGGAGUGUGGUGAGGGGAGAUAGGCCUCCAUACCUCGGAGAGCCUGAGAUGUUCCCAGAGCAGGUGGAGUCUAAGACCCAAGCUGACAUAUAGACACAGACGAACAGGCGUACGCAGACACAAACAUGCAUUCCCACCCCCAUAUACACAAACAAAUACUCGGCACUCACCCGACGUGGAGACAGACACAAAUAGGCACUGUACACACAUUCACACUCCCCAAACAUACUCUAUAUCCCAGGUCCGGGUAUCCCCGCCCCCAGAGGGGCAAACCGUACCUGGACCCAGGAGAUGUAACCCUUCUCACUGGGGUGGAGGAAGGCAUACCGCCUCCUUAUCUGCAGUAGCAGGGAGGCCCCUGUUACGACCCCCUCUGCUAGGCGUCAGGGGGGGAGAAACAUACACAAGCCCUCUCACGAAACCGGGUUAAUAAAGGGUUUUAUUACAAACAUUAAACCAAAACCGACAGGGCUGUUCAACAGACCACUGGGCAAACAAUUAUUACAUAACGCAUCACAGACCCCAAUCCGACGGCCAGCACCUCCUCCCAGCCCCCCAGCCCCGACGGUUAACAGAACGGGGGGUGAGUGAAGACCCCAAAACUCCCCUCGCCCGCUCAUAUGUAGUGUUGCUGCGUGCUGUUCUAAAGUGCAUUUAAAACACAGGAGGGCAUGGUGCUUCCUGCCAGAGAGCAGCACGGCUCCUCCCGAAAACCCUCAGUGUCUAUAUGCAUUUAAAAUUGAGGGUAGGGCACCAGCGCCAGAGGUGGGUUUGAAUACACAGACCAUCCUCUGGACGCUGUAUAACAUGCCCACCCCCAAGGCCCUAUAUGUAUGUGUUAUGAGAGUAUGAGUAAUGUGGUUGUCUAGGUUGCGGAAUAAAAUUGAGGCACAGGCAGCCAGAAGGGGACAGAGGGGGAGUGCCUCCCCUGCACCCUGGUGACACACCUGCACCCCAAGCCCUGCAUGUGUGUGGGUGUGGUGGAGUGGGAAGAGGGAGGCAGCUGAGGAUGGGGAGGGAAGAAAGGGAGGGGCAAGCGGCCCCUCCCUGGGGCCAGCUCCCCCGCUGAUCCCAGUAGGCACCCCCACACUCUGGAGCCCACCAGGGCAAGGGGGCCCAGGCCCAUCCGGACCGGGGCCCA